AUGCCUCAACAAAACAAAGAGAAUAAGGUGAAUAGAGCCCCAUCAACGAGUCUCAAAGGAGGAGGAGGAGAGGCUGCUGGAAAGAAGGGAGCAGCACAAGUGUCAAAGGAGGAAAAGAAGAAGGGAGAGGCACCCACUCCGAAGAAAAAGAGAGUUGAGAAUGAUACUAAAGUGGUUCAGGUCAAAACCAAGACUUCUUCCGAGAGGAUCACUGAGGAGGUCGAUCGCAAUAAUAUGAAAGUCAAAAACAACGAAUCGGAAACAAAGAAUAUUGUAGAAAGUAAUGUACACACAAAUAAUAAUAAUAAUAAUACUGGCGCUAACCUCGGUAUUGAGGAGAAAAACGAAGACGAAACAGAUAUCAAAGUCAUUGUUCGAGCACGCCCACUCAAUCAAAGAGAAUUAUCUCUCAAAAGUUCAUCGUGUUUGACCAUUACUGAAACCGAAAGAAAAAUUACAUUGAUAAGAAAAGACAAGGAGAAUAAGAGUUUCUAUUUUGACGAGGUAUUUGGAGAAAACUCGACUCAAAAACAGAUUUAUGACGCUAGUGGUGCAAAAGUAUUGGAGAGAUUCAUUCUUGGAUACAAUGCCUGCAUUUUCGCCUAUGGUCAAACAUCUUCUGGUAAAACCUACACAAUGGAAGGAAUUAAAGGAAAUGAGCAACAAGAGGGAAUAAUGACAAGAUUUGUCAGAGACUUAUUUCAGUAUGUGAAAAAGCAAGAAAACAAAACUGAGAUCACUAUUAAGGCAUCCUAUUGCGAAAUUUAUAAUGAAACGAUCAACGAUUUGUUAGCUACUGGGGUGGGUAAACAUAAAUAUGAAAUAAGAGAGGACAAAAUUAAAGGAACUUAUAUCACUAAUAUCAUUGAGCGACCGAUAGAAAGUGAAAAGGAGUUGAAUGAAAUUCUGGAAGAAGGAUCCAAGCGCAGAACGGUGGCAGAGACAAAAAUGAAUGAAAUGUCUUCUCGGUCUCAUGCCAUUCUAACGAUCCACAUGGAACAAUUUGACAAAGGUGAUGAAGAAGGUUUCAGUCUGAGGACAAAUAAGAUAUCGUUAGUAGAUUUGGCAGGAAGCGAACGAGCAAGCUCAACAGAAGCAACGGGCGAUCGGUUAAAAGAAGGUGCCAAAAUCAACUUGUCCCUUUCAAACUUAGGAAAUGUCAUUAACGCCCUUGUGAAAGGAACAUCAUUCGUUCCGUACAGGAGUUCAUGCUUGACACGAUUACUGAAGGAUUCUCUUGGUGGAAACUCUUUCACGUUAAUGAUUUCAUGUAUUUCUCCUGCCGAAGUUAAUGCAGAAGAGACUCUGAGUACCUUAUACUUUGCAGAUCGAGCAAAACAAAUUAAGAAUAAGCUUAAAAUUUCUCGUGGUGACCCUCGAUUGGAGAAAAUUAAUGAACUACUCGAAAACGAAAAGAGGUUAAAGGCAAGAAUUGAGGAGUUAGAAAAGAAAGUUGCCUAUUGUGAAAAGCAUCAUGGUUCAGAAAAGAAAGGAUGUUGCACCGUCAUGUAG